AUGAGGCUGCGGGUCUUGCUGCUCCUUGGUCUUGUCACUCAGAUUUUAGCAGCAGACGAGUCAUGCAUGGGCCGCUGCGAGAAUGGCUUCGAUUCCGAGAAGACGUGCCAAUGUGACACCAUGUGCAAGUACUACAAGAGCUGCUGCGCUGAUUUUGAGGCCACUUGUGGCAUGAUGACUCGUGGGGACACAUUUGAGUUAGCAGAAGAUGACGAUUAUCUUGAAAGCACCACGCUAACAGCACGUAAAGCGCCCGUCAACAGUCCCACUCUGUUGCCUGUUUUGGACUUUGCGUACAAACCGCAACAGCGACCUGCAGCCACAUUAGAAAUGAAGAAACCUCCACCGAGGUCUCCGAGACCCACCGUCCCACUAUCAGUGAAACCCUCUAAUGACACUGAAAGUAGCACCUAUGUCCAGAAUGCCCAGACAACCACAACCCCCAUGAUACCUGCAACCACAACUGGCACCACUGCAGCUCCUGACCCUGACGCUGAGAAAUGCAGCGGCAGACCCUUUGAUUCAUUCAUGCAGUUGAAGAAUGGCUCCAUCUUUGCCUUCAGAGGCGAGUACUUUUUUGAGCUGGACCAAAAGACAGUGCUUCCUGGAUAUCCCAAACUCAUAAAGGACGUGUGGGGCAUCAGUGGGCCAAUUGAUGCUGCUUUUACAAGGGUCAACUGCCACGGAAAGACAUACAUGUUUAAGGGGAACCAGUACUGGAGGUUUGACAAUGGCGUGCUGGAUCAAGACUACCCUCGUGAUAUCAGUGUGGGCUUUGACAAUAUUCCAGAUCAUGUGGAUGCUGCCUUUGCCCUCCCAGCUCACAGCCACAAUGGCAGAGAGAAGGUGUAUUUUUUCAAAGGGGAUCAGUAUUACAUCUACGAGUUUUUGCACCAGCCUUCCCAUGAGGAGUGUGUCACGAUGUCUGAGAGGUCACCAUCCAUGUUGUUCAGCCGUUACACCGACAUGUACGCCAGCAACUAUGACAGAUAUUUAAGUGAUCUCUUCUCAGACUUGCCCCAGCAUCACAGCCAUCACCGUUUCAUUGACAGAGACUGGAAGGGUCUUAAGUCACCAGUGGAUGCCGUCAUGGCUGGCCGACUGUAUGUCCCCCCACGCCGGCUACAGCCGGACAUACAGUGGGACCGGUACCAACAAUAUCAACAGUACCAACAGUAUGGCCAGCAGUACAAUCAACAGUACGGUCAACAGUGGGGGCGAAGGAGAUGGAACCGAUCGCCCUUCUGGGAAUCCAUGGCCGAGAGGGGCAUGGGCAUGGGCCAGCAGUUUGCGGAGAGGGGGAUGGAAAUGGGCCUGAGGCUGGCCGAGAGGAGGAUGGAAAUGGAAGAAAGACUGGGACGUGACUGGAGCAGGCGCUGGGAUCAGGACUGGGACCAGGACAGGCGCAGAGACGGCUACAGGAAUAACAACAGAGGCAACUACGACUCCAGAUACAGGAACGACAGGCCGUACUGGAGGCGUCUGCCCGUACAGAGCGUCUAUUUCUUUAGAGGAGAUAAAUACUACAGAGUCGACCUCAGCACCAAGAGAGUAGACCCGGCCUCGCCUCCCUAUCCCAGAUCCAUCGCCAAGUACUGGCUUGGGUGCUCCGACACAACAGGAGCCGAGAAGAAGUAG